AUGGGCACCGAGGUGGACUUGGACCAGUUCUGUGCUGCCGGGAAUGAAGUCGAGCCGGUCCUGCGUCGGGCAAUUUGUAGGGGGCUGCAUGGUUUUCGUUUGACUGCAGCAGUCCUGGAGACGCAGGAUGCUCAGUAUCGCUUUGUUCGCUCCACCCACGACUUUGUUCAGCUUCUCUCCUCGCUGCACUCCUGCUCAGAGCCAGAGGUGCAAUGCUUCAGCAGUUAUUUGGAAGAGCCUGCGCGUGUGGACACAUCCGCCUUCGUGGUGAACACCGUGCUUCACAGCGGCUGCAAUGUUGCCAUGGAAGCCAUCGUGGAAAGUUCCGCGUUGCAGGAUUGCCGAGUGGAGCAGGGAGCUGUGUGCAGCGGCCUUAAGCGGCUGCGCGGGCUGGCCAUUCCCUCCGGCAUUUGGCUGCAGCAGGUGGCGCUGCUGCCUACAUCCGGGCAGAGCCAGGCCACCUCUCGGUGCUGCUUGCUGACCUUGGGAGUUGGCGAUGAGGUGUCUAUGCGGAAUGGAACUGUGCUGAACCAGACUUGGCAGGAGCUUUUCGCAAACACAGGACUCUGUGCCGCCGAUGUUUGGCCCGAUGGCAGAGGUACGUUACACACGGCUUGCUUAUUCCCCAUCGUUCCCUCGCAGGGAACGGCCACUGAGAGUGUCUCCAACCUGGCCUUGGUUUGGGUGGAUUACAUCCUUGCCUGCAGACAGCCUGCUGCAGCCCGCCCGUCUUGUCUGGAUCUUUGGCGGCGCUCCUGGAAGGAUUUGCUGCUGCAUUCGGAGCGCCUGUCCCUUCACGACGUGGCUUUGCGUGCUGAUGUGGGUGUGGAGUUGGAGUGGCAGGACACGAUAGCUGCAGAGGCCAAUGUGCUGCGCGUGAAACAAUUGCUGUUGGAGCAGAAGGAUGCGCCAAUCACGCACAUUCUGAAGGACGAGGUGCGUCGAGGAAGGCUGGGGUUGCUUGACAGUUUGGACGAGGUGGCCGCGAGUGAGGCAACGCCCCUGGAUGUGGCAGCACGCUCCCUUGCUCAGGUGGCGGAAGUCCUGGCCUCCAUUGCAGGGUCAGCAGGUGGAUUGCGUUCCGGCAGUGCUCGGAAUGUGCAGUGGCGGAAAGCCUUGCAGCUGCUUGCGAGCUUCGAGCCAAG